AUUACUCGCCGAAGUUUUGCAUGGCAAACGCAGUAUAACCGAACAACACAACGAAAAUGUCCAAAAAAACGAAAACCAGGAAGAUUAUUGUGCGAGUAAAUGGCCAAGCUAACCAAGGUGGUCGGAAAGAAAUGGAAGAUUUUAAACGCGUGCAGUUCGAUCGCGAUCCAGAACAGGCAUUUUUCGCGGUUUUCGACGGCCACGGUGGAAGGGACGCUGCACACUUUGCCCGGGAACAUUUAUGGGACAUGAUUAAGGGACAGAAGGGAUUUUACUCGGGUGAAACAUCACGUGUUAUUAAAGCUAUCAAGGAUGGAUUCAUGGCUACACAUUGCGCGAUGUGGAAACAACUCGAUUCUUGGCCUCGUACAAGACAUGGACUGCCAAGCACAUCCGGAACCACUGCAACUGUUGUUAUUUUUAAAGGUAGAACACUGUACAUAGCUCACGUGGGCGAUUCAGGGGCUGCUCUCGGCCGAUUGAGUAAAGAAAAGAAACUACAAGCGGUCCCUCUCACUGCCGACCACAAGCCCGACGUUCCUUCGGAAAAGAAUCGGAUAGAGUCACUCGGCGGAAAGGUCCUCUCUCGUAAUGGUGUCCCGCGAGUGGCUUGGGAAAGGCCCGUCCAUCAUGGACACAAAGGCCCUGUCAGAAGAAGCACCCAAACAGAAUCUGUACCGUUUUUGGCGAUUUCGAGAGCACUUGGAGAUCUUUGGAGUUUCGACUACUAUCGGAGUGAAUUCAUAGUCUCCCCAGUUCCUGACGUUCGAGUUUACAAGAUCACGCCUGGUAUCGACAAGUUUCUGAUCAUUGCAUCGGAUGGCCUAUGGGGGGUGAUGAGAGUUGAAGAAGCGGUAAAAAUAGUCCACAAUUUUGACAAACAUGACCAGUUCAAAGGAGGAGAUGUAUCGCACAGGUUAAUAAGCCGGGCCUUGCAAAGAUGGCGUGAGCGAGAACUUCGUGCAGAUAACACCAGUGUAAUAGUUGUACAUUUUGACGAGACAGAACCUGACGAGCCGCGGAACAAAAUCCCAAGACUAGACACUCCUGAGAGUGAAGAAGAUGUAGAGACGGACGUAAAUCAAUCUACGGAUUCUUCGCAGGAGAGUGAUAGAACACCCAAUCAAGACUUCGAUUUAGCAGCUGACAAACCAGCUCUGGUGAGAAAGCUAGCAUUCCGGUGCGCCGAUCCACUCGAAUUGUCUACCUGCAUGAAUAACAGUUCACCAAACAAUUCACCGAAUGGACUUCUAUCAACGUUAAACUUACAAACUUCUAAAUGUUCAUCGCCGGCAGUGUAGAAAUCAUUUGCUGUGUAUACCUGCUCAACAAGCGUGGAUGUUCCACUCAUAAUCGCUCCGAAUUCCCGCAGUCCACUCGAGAACAGUCAACCUGAUCACGUGGUCAAACUGCCUAAUAUUAUUGGUUUUCAUCAAGCACUGUAAACAUGUUUUAGGAAUUGACGGUGGGUCUUUGUUUGUUCCUGGUGAACGGUGUCCGGAUUUCUGUAAUUGUACAUAUUGUAGAUAUCCAAUGAAUUGCAUUCGUGAAAUCUUAAACCUAAUUAUGCAAAUAGAAAAUACACUCCAAUGCAUUCAGUAAGGCAAAGGAGCUUUCACUUUACUUUGUGUCGUUAAAAUACGAGUUCUCACAAAUUGCUUGGAGCAGUUUACUACUUCGAAAUGUCGGUUACUUGAAAGUAAAAUCUCUUCAAAUGCAUGGAUGAAAAAUUCAUCCCCCAACCAGUUCCACAUCGUAGAAAAAUAUGAUUCCUUGAUAAGUACUUAAAUUUGACUGAAUAAAUAAUUUUCCAUGCAAUACUUUUACAGGAUUAACGCUUUGAUUAUCGUUGGAUGAGAAUUCUUCUAUAAUAUAGACACACAGUAAAUUAUACACAAAGGAGAGGAGAAGGUAUCACGCGUGGGACAUUGUCUGGAUAUAGCGCCAAAAUCUUACGGAAGUAACUAUUGCAGACAACUGUAAGCUAUUGCUAUAAAAGCUGAAAAAUCUUAGCACAUGAUUAUUAAAUUAUUUAUUAGAACACGAGCUAAUGGCAGGACCAACGAUACAACAGAAGAGGAUUAAAGGUUACGCUAUUUCUAUA